GGCCAUUCGUGCAACUGACUGCGCUGCAAACCAUCUGCACGUAAAACGAAGACGAUGACGAAGGUGCUGGUGGUGUGCCUAUUGCCGGCUCUGCUGGCCACUGCUGCCCUUGCAAUCGGCUCCCGCACUGACCUGAACUCUACCUGCUACCCACAAGUGCCAGAGAGUUGUCCAGGUGACGCUACCUUGUGUCCCACCUGUUGCUGCAACUCCAGUUCCAACGUUGAAUUCUACAAUCCCGACCAACCAGAGCCUGAAUGCACUGCACCUCCGGCCAAAUACGAGAUGCGCUUCGUCUUCACCUGGAGCGGUGUCUGCCACCCCGACUACUAUUUCCCCGGGGAGUCUCUAUGGAGCCCACCCACUGGAGUCUCACAUAACCCCCAGUACAGGAUGUGGGACGCAUGUAUGGACAACGCCAGUCCCGGCGUGGGGCUUGUAUCGCAGACGGGGGACACAAGUGUCAUAAACAUGGAGUACAUGCAGAACAUGGCGAAUAUCCUGGACACGACAGAGGGGGAGCUGGUUAAGCCGGGAUCCGGAGUGACCUCCAGCUACCUCAUCGUUGACAAAUACCACCAGUACGCGUCGGCCAUCUCGAUGCUCGUCCCCAGCCCUGAUAGAUUAGUGGGUGUGGCCGAUCUUCGUCUCUGUGAUGGAACCCAGUGGAAACAAGAGGUCAAGGUCUGCUUCGAGCUGUUCUCAGACUGCAACCGCCUCGGAUAAAGUUGUCGAUCCAAUGGAGCGAAACAGCGUCCAGGCUAACAACUGCAGCUUUGGCUACGUCAGUUUCAUCCUAAAACCUGAGGAUGAACCAAGGUCCGAGGUUGAUGAAACCUGUGAACCUCUGGUCCCAAAAGAGUGCCUGGGAAGGAUCAGUGACACAGAGUGUCCAAGUUGCUGCUGCGAGUCUACUGAUAAUGUUGAGUUCUAUGACCCCAACUUCCCCGAGCCUGAGUGCACAGCAGUCCCAGCAUAUUACAAUGUCGAUUUCGUCUUCACCUGGAGCGGCGUGUGCCACCCCGACUACUACUUCCCCAACGAGUCCAAAUGGAGCCCACCCACUGCAGUAUCGCACAACACGCAGUACAGGAUGUGGGACGCCUGUAUGGACAACGCCAGUCCCGGCGUGGGGCUUGUAUCGCAGACAGGAGGCACAAGUGUCAUCGACCAAGAAUAUGUUCUUGCGGGGGACAACAUUUACGGCAUGGUUGAGGGAGACUUGGUUCCUACUGGAAGUGGAAGGACAUACAGGAAACUCAAGAUCGACAAAUCCCACCAGUUUGUAUCGGGUGUCUCGAUGCUCGUCCCCAGCCCCGAUAGAUUGGUGGGUGUGGCCGACCUUCGCCUCUGCGACGGUGACCAGUGGAAGAGAGAAGUACAGGUCUGCUUCGAGCUGUUCUCGACUGCCACGGCCACAGCCAAGGUGGCCCCCGAAAUGGAGAGAAACAGCGUCCAGGAAAACAACUGCAGCUUUGGCUAUGUCAGGUUCACCCUGGAGCCUCAGGAGGAACCAAGAUCUGGGGAGACAAGAUUUGAAGUUGCAGAAACCUGCGAGCCACUUGUUCCCAAAGAGUGCCCGGGGAGAAUCAGUCAGUGUUCCUCUUGCUGCUGUGAAUCGAGCGAAAAUGUAGAAUUCUACGAGCCAAGCUUCCCCGAGCCUGAGUGCACUGCAGUCCCAGCAUACUACAAUGUCGAUUUCGUCUUCACCUGGAGCGGCGUCUGCCACCCCGACUACUACUUCCCCAACGAGUCCAAAUGGAGCCCACCCACCGUGGUCUCACACAACACCCAAUACAGGAUGUGGGACGCAUGUAUGGACAACGCCAGUCCCGGCGUGGGGCUUGUAUCGCGGACAGGAGGCACAAGUGUCAUCGACCAAGAGUAUGUUCUUGCGGGGGACAGCAUUUACGGCAUGGUUGAGGGAGACUUGGUUCCUACUGGAAGUGGAAGGACAUACAGGAAACUCAAGAUCGACAAAUACCACCAGUUUGUAUCGGGUGUCUCGAUGCUCGUCCCCAGCCCCGAUAGAUUGGUGGGUGUGGCCGACCUUCGUCUCUGCGACGGUGACCAGUGGAAGAGAGAAGUACAGGUCUGCUUCGAGCUGUUCUCGACUGCCACGGCCACAGCCAAGGUGGCCCCCGAAAUGGAGAGAAACAGCGUCCAGGAAAACAACUGCAGCUUUGGCUAUGUCAGGUUCACCCUGGAGCCUCAGGAGGAACCAAGAUCUGGGGAGACAAGAUUUGAAGUUGCAGAAACCUGCGAGCCACUUGUUCCCAAAGAGUGUCCAGGGAGAAUCAGUCAGUGUUCCUCUUGCUGCUGUGAAUCGAGCGAAAAUGUAGAAUUCUACGAGCCAAGCUUCCCCGAGCCUGAGUGCACUGCACCGCCAGCAUACUACAACGUCGAUUUCGUCUUCACCUGGAGCGGCGUCUGCCACCCCGACUACUACUUCCCCAACGAGUCCAAAUGGAGCCCACCCACCGUGGUCUCACACAACACCCAAUACAGGAUGUGGGACGCCUGUAUGGACAACGCCAGUCCCGGCGUGGGGCUUGUAUCGCGGACAGGAGGCACAAGUGUCAUCGACCAAGAGUAUGUUCUUGCGGGGGACAGCAUUUACGGCAUGGUUGAGGGAGACUUGGUUCCUACUGGAAGUGGAAGGACAUACAGGAAACUCAAGAUCGACAAAUACCACCAGUUUGUAUCGGGUGUCUCGAUGCUCGUCCCCAGCCCCGAUAGAUUGGUGGGUGUGGCCGACCUUCGUCUCUGCGACGGUGACCAGUGGAAGAGAGAAGUACAGGUCUGCUUCGAGCUGUUCUCGACUGCCACGGCCACAGCCAAGGUGGCCCCCGAAAUGGAGAGAAACAGCGUCCAGGAAAACAACUGCAGCUUUGGCUAUGUCAGGUUCACCCUGGAGCCUCAGGAGGAACCAAGAUCUGGGGAGGCAAGAUUUGAAGUUGCAGAAACCUGCGAGCCAGUUGUUCCCAAAAAGUGUCCUGGGAGAAUUAAUGAGUCGCAAUGUAGCACUUGUUGCUGCGAAUCAACUGAGAAUGUCGAGUUCUAUGACCCGACCUUCCCUGAACCAGAGUGUACUGCAGACCCAGCCUCCUACAACAUUUCCUUUGUCUUCACCUGGAGCGUUCCCUGCCACCCUGACUACUAUUUCCCCGGAGAGUCUAUAUGGAGCCCACCCACUGCAGUAUCGCACAACACGCAGUACAGGAUGUGGGACGCCUGUAUGGACAACGCCAGUCCCGGCGUGGGGCUUGUAUCGCGGACUGGAAACACAAGCAUCAUCAACCAAGAGUAUGCUCUCGCAGGGGACAACAUCUCCAAUAUAACGGAGGGAGACUUGGUUCGUCCCGGAAGUGGAAUGACGUCCAGGAUUAUGAUGGUUGACAACAAACACCAGUUUGUGUCUGCCGUCUCCAUGCUAGUCCCCAGCCCAGAUAGAUUGGUGGGUGUGGCCGACCUUCGUCUCUGCGACGGUGACCAGUGGAAGAGAGAAGUACAAGUCUGUUUCGAGCUGUUCUCGACUGCGACUGCGUCGAAUAGAGCCUCUCCCGAGAUGCAGCGAAACAGCUUUCAGGCCAACAACUGCAGCUUUGGUUACGUCAGACUCAUCCUGAAUGCCGGGUCACCUUCAAUCACCUCUCUACCGUUGGCGUUUCUAUCAGCUCUCGGGGUCUUGGUGGCAGCUAUACUGAGCCUCUGAGUCAACUCAAAUCUUCCUUCAUGUAUAGUUAGAUUAUUCCUGCGGCAAAACCCUACCACCUUGUUUUCCGGCUUAAGUAUUAUGUAACAGUGCUCUAAUUGUUCUCAGGCCGUAGUUUAAAAUUGAAAUAUUAUAGCUGUGCAUCAUAUAUCGUAGUUUUAAGAAAACAUUAGUGA